AUGAAAGUCACCAUUAAAGAAUGGAACGCCAUUGCUACUUGGCAUUGGGAUAUCCCCGACGAUGAAGUGUGUGGCAUCUGUCGCGUGCAAUUCGACGGCACGUGUCCAACCUGCAAAUUCCCCGGCGACGACUGCGCCCUUGUACAAGGAAAAUGCAACCAUGCAUUCCAUAUGCAUUGCUUAAUGACUUGGAUUGAACUGGACACUUCCAAGGGAUUAUGUCCAAUGUGCCGACAAAAAUUCGAGUUCAAGGGCAAGGAAUAA